UUAUAAGAGUGGUUGAAAACCAAGAUGUAUAGAGAAUGGUGUAGCAUUCUCUUUCAAUCUCCAUCCAUUUCAUCUCUUCCAAUUCCCUUCUUCCAAAUCAAGUACUUUGCUAUAUUUAAUUUCUUAACCAUCGUCUUAUCUACCCUUCUUCUACUAUCUCAUGUGUUACACAUUGAAACAAGAAAAGCAUAGGGGAUUCACUGUCACUAAAAGACACAAAAAUGGUGAUGUUGAACCUUGGAAAGAAGCAUGGUAAGAACAAGUUGGAGAAUGAACAAGGAGUGAGACUUGGGAAAUAUGAGUUGGGUAGGACUCUUGGCGAGGGCAAUUUCGGUAAAGUAAAGUUUGCUAGGGACACUCAUUCUCAACAACCUUAUGCUAUUAAGAUUGUUGACAAGAACAAGAUCAUUGAUCUCAAUAUUACCAACCAGAUAAAGAGGGAAAUAGGUACCUUAAAGCUCCUAAGGCAUCCCAAUGUUGUUAAAUUAUAUGAGGUAUUGGCUAGUAAAACAAAAAUUUGCAUGGUACUUGAGUACGUGACUGGACAAGAGUUAUUUCACAAAAUUGCUUCCAAGGGUAAACUUAAUGAAACCGAAGGUAGAAAGCUGUUCCAGCAGUUGAUCGACGGCGUGAGCUACUGCCAUAGCAGAGGUGUCUUCCACAGGGAUAUCAAGCUUGAGAAUGUACUUGUGGAUGCUAAAGGAAAUCUAAAGAUAACUGAUUUUGGCCUUAGUGCUUUACCCCAACAAUUUAGGGAAGAUGGGUUGUUGCAUACAACAUGUGGAAGUCCAAACUAUGUUGCACCAGAGAUUCUUGCUAAUAGGGGAUAUAAUGGUGCAUCAUCAGAUGUAUGGUCAUGUGGUGUUAUUUUGUAUGUACUCCUAACAGGAUACCUACCUUUUGACGAUAGAAAUCUCGCAGUUCUCUAUCAGAAGGUUUCGAAAGGAGAUUGUCAGAUGCCGAAAUGGUUAUCGUAUGGUGCACGAAACAUUAUAAAGAGGAUUCUUGAUCCCAACCCUGAAACCAGAAUAACAAUGGCGGGGAUCAGAGAAGAUUUGUGGUUCAAGGAAGGAUAUAAGCAAGCAGAUCCCGAUGAUGACGAGGAUGAGGAUGUAUACGUUGACAAUCGAGCCUUUUCCAUCAAUGAAUUGACACAUGAAGAAGAAAAAAGGAGAUCGGAAUCUCCGAUCCGUAUCAAUGCAUUUGAGUUGAUAGGGAUGUCUUCAAGCCUAGACCUGUCUGGACUUUUUGAGAACGAGGAUGUAUCUGAGAGGAAGAUAAGGUUUACAACUAACCUUUCAGCCCAAGAUCUGAUGAAGAAGAUUGAAGAUUCUGUGGCAGAUACGGAAUUUAGAGUUCGAAAGAAAAACGGCAAAAUAAAAGUGAUUCAAGAAAAUAAGGAGCAUAAAACCCCUGGCAGCCUCUCGGUGACAAUAGAGGUUUUUGAAAUAAGUUCAUCAUUGUAUGUAGUAGAAAUAAGAAAGUGUUAUGGAGAUGCCUCUGUAUAUAGACAGUUAUGCAAGAAAUUAUUAAAUGAUUUCGGUGUUCCCCAAGGAAAGCACUAGUGAGCUCAGAAGUGAAAAUAUUCGGAAUGGCAUAUCGAAAUUGUGGCAUUCAUUGAUCUUACCGGUCAUUGUGACUUUUCUUCUUCUUAUAUAUAGAAACAAAGGUAGUAAUAUGUUACAGAAUAGUGGCAGCAGUUUUGAAUAUAGCAUCAAUUAAACAGUUGAACCCUGAACAUCUCUAUGUAAAAGCUAAAUUUCAAUGAUAUUGAAAUUGGAUAUAUUUUCUUGCAUCA